UAAAAUACAUGUGUGAGUGUGCGAGUGCGUGUGUGUGUAUACAGUAUUUAUUGUAUGUAUGCAUAUAUGCCUGUGCGUACAGGCAGUUCUAUAUGUAUUGUAUCAGUUUGGUACAUUCUACUCUACAGUCUGUGCCUUUUGUAUGGCCAAAAAUUUUUACAACUAAUGGAUUGUCUUUGCUGCAGUGCUGAGGAAAUUUCUUAACUUUCAUAAUUAAAAUUAAUUAAAACCUUAGUACGAAUCGUACAAUUCUUUGUUUCUCUCUCUCUCUCUCUCUCUCUCUCUCUCUCUCCCCCUCUCUCCCUCUCUCUCUCUCGCUUCUUUCUCCCCACCAUAUAAAAUUUACCCGAGUAUAUUGCAUAUUAGACUCUACAUUAUAUCCAUCUUUAUAAAUAUAUAGAUACGAAUAAAGCCAAUUUCCUAGAAAUGGGACCAAUUUUUUAUACUGGCAGAAUAGAAGAAUAACAAAUGUAAUGAUAUAGCAGCAUACAUGUUGGUUGCAUACUAUAAAUUGUUUAUAUUGUAUAUAUUUAUAUUAUAAGAAUAGACUAUACAUGCAGUAUAGUUGAACUAUAGCAAUGAACCAAUGUAUAGAGUAAUGUUAAAGUUGCUGCCGGUGCCUUUCGUUUAAACGGGUUAAAGAUCUUUUAGAAACUAUAACAAGUCUCUUAUCUAACAGUUUCAAAUAUCUUUUCACAUCUUCCCCAUUCCCAUGGUCAUUAUAUUAUACUUUUGAUAAGGAAAGUUUGUCAUUUUCUAUAGAAAUUAAGUGGAAAAGCUAGAAAUAGUAAAGUGUAUCGGUAAUAUAACAAAAACUAUAUCGUUGUUACACUUGCUGCUCUACUUUCUAUUGCUAAUUGAUCAUCUCCAAUGCUGGUGAAAAGAAACUAGAAAUUGUAGGCCAAGCGGACAGAGAGAAGGGAAUUCUUAGCUGAAAGUGACUAAUAGAUCAAAAGCAUUUUGAAAAGCGAUAUUGAUGACUAAUUAUGAAAUGGUGAUGAGUGAAUUAAAUUUAAAAAAGAACAAAAACAAAAGAUUAAGACAAGAAGAAGAAAACUAGAGAAUAAUGCUGAUAAGGGGGAAGAGAAGGAGGGAAAACGUCGAGAACAUCAAGGUUGGAGCAAUCGAUUUAAAGUCUGAAGUGAAGAAAGGUUUAAGGAAAGACUAUACUAUUGGUUUAGAGCAAUACGACGGAAAAGGCGGUACUAUCUAUGUUGUUAUUAGGAAAAAAAAGAAAAUACUCUUCAAAGAAGAUUUAUAUCAAAUUCAAAUAAUCGAUUUAGAGAAUUUAACAACUAUUAUUGCUAAUAAGACUUCGGCGUUUGUCGUAAAAUUUCCAGACUCGAAUUGGGCAUCUUCAUUUUCAUUUUUCUACAAAGAAAAAGAUGCCGACAAAGAGGAAGAUAUUGUUAUACUUCCUUUCAAGUAUGCUCCAGCUAGACCAAAAGCUCCCCAGCCACCUGUAGAAGUUGAUCGUCAAAAUUUACGUAAGCCUCAACUUCCACUUCCCUCUACUUCUUCUUCUCUCCCACCCCCUCCUCCUCCUCUUCUACAACAACAACAACAACAACAAAAACAAAAAAAACCACCACCACCACCACCACCACCGCCGCCGCCACCUCAGUCAAAGGUAAAGCCGAUUCCUUUGGCUCCUCCAAUUGGUUUAGAAAAACCGAAGACAAUAAAAAAGGUAGAACGUAAAACUUCUGGCAAAACGCAACAAGCAAAAAGAGGAGGAGAAGAGAAGUUGGAAGAGAAGGAAAGAAAGUGGAAAUUCGAUUUGAACGAGAUAAGAAGUUUUAAUAAAGAAAAGUUGAAAAAAGUUAAAGAUGACGAAAAGAAUAAAAUGAAAAAAUACGAAAAUUAUGCAGAGAGAGUCUUCCCAGGGAUAAGUAGAGUUCUUGAUAAAAGGCGAAGAGAUGUGGCUGGUAUGUUAGGCGAUACUCCGUCGCUCUCGGAAAAGGGGGAAGACGAUUCGUGGUCGAUAGAUCAAGUUGGAAAGCGUAGGGUAAGCAGGUUAGAAUAG